AUGGGACAGAAAGAGUGCAGAACUCGGAAGACCAGGGACUUUGCUGUGAAGUUGUCUCCUAGUAACUUCAGAAACUACACCCGUAAAGUCUCACCAACACGAGUGUCCAGACAUGAACUGAACAAGGACAACAUCAAUGGACACACCAAGGUGGAUGGGGGAAGUCCCACAAGGCUUCAACCCUACAGGAAGAAAAUACAGCUAAUCAUGUGGGCCCCUUAUCUUUCUGCAGUAGUAAGUGUGGCAGAUGGCUGUAGAAGGGAAAAAGAGGCUUGGGAUGCUUUGGAAAAAGAUGUGUUUCCUAAGUCCUUCCAGGGUAAUAGAAUGGGCAUUGCUGAGCAAACUACGACAUCCGCUUCCGGGGCCACGGCCGUCGGACUGUGGGCCUCGGCUGGUCGAUCAGGCUACGCUCGGUGUCGCACCCCACAAACCAUACUCCUUAAGAAUCGGCUACCUCUGCUUUGUUGUCGAUCUUCUCCGCCAAUCAUGCUGGAACAUCUGAGUUCGCUGCCCACCCAGAUGGAUUACAAGGGGCAGAAGCUAGCUGAACAGAUGUUUCAGGGGAUUAUUCUUUUUUCUGCAGUAGUUGGGUUUAUCUACGGGUACGUGGCUGAGCAGUUUGGAUGGACCGUCUACAUAGUUAUGGCCGGAUUUGCUUUCUCGUGUUUGCUGACACUUCCUCCGUGGCCUACCUAUCGCCGGCAUCCCCUGAAGUGGUUACCUGUUCAAGACUUAGGCACUGAAGACAAGAAAUCAGGGGACAGAAAAGUUAAGAGACAUACUAAAAAUAAUUGAUGCGAGCUUUCACGACUCAGCGCCCGCUUUCGUUUCCUGUAAAAUGAGCUGAA